AUGCCGGUGUUGCUGCAAGCAGGAUUCAUCCUGCAUGGCUCAGUGACGUGCUUUGCUGGGACCCCCAACAGUGCCCGGGGUGCUGCCAUGCGCCUGCCCUGCUGGCUCAUCCUCCUGGCCAGCCUCGUCCCGCCAGUCCUCAGCUCGUGGGGGGUCACCUACCCCAAGGUCCUGCGUGGCGUCAAGGACUCCUGCGUGGUGAUUCCCUGCACCCUGAGCUACCCCGACGACAUGUCAGCCUCCGACGGCAUCGUGGCCAUCUGGUACAAGGAUUACGAAAACCAGAAGACGCUGGUGUACCACUCGGUGGACCAGGGGGUGGAUGAUCAGUUCAGGGGCCGUGCUCAGCUCCUGGGGGACCCCGCUGCUCGCAACUGCACCCUGCUGCUGCAGGGGGUGACGCCCGAGGACAGCGGGCCCUACAGGUUCCGCUUUGAGAUCAUCAAUGGUGACCGGUGGUUGGCAGCGCAGGAUGUGAUGCUGAGCGUUUCGGACAACCUCGAGCGCCCGAGCGCUGCCGCCAGUGAGGAGCAAACCGAGGGGCAAACGUCCGCCUUGGAGUGCUCCACACCCUACGUCUGCCCGCUGGCCGAUGUCACCCUGCACUGGGAGGGCUACGACCCCCAGGUCUCGACGGUGUCCAGCCGAGUCCAGCUGGACACGAGUGGGGUCGGCCACUACCUGACCCUCACCACCUCCUUCUCCUGGAAGGACCACUCCAAAAAGCUGCUCUGCAAAGUUUCUUACGGCUCCGUGCAGGCGAUCGGGGAGGUCACCCUGCGGGUGAGACAUGCCCCGAAGGACACCCACGUGUCGGUCAACCCCUCCACGCAGAACAUCCGCGUGGGCGACACGGUCUCCCUCGCCUGCGAGGUGAGCAGCAGCUACCCCCCCGUCUCAGCAUACCACUGGUACAAGGAUGGGGUGGCCGUGGCCAGUGACCAGAUGCUGACCCUCCGGGACGUUCGCCGCGAGGACUACGGGCAGUACCACUGCGAAGCCGAGAACGCUGUCGGGGCUGGUGUGGCACCUGCCUUGACGCUCUACAUCUUCUGUAAGUGCCAGGGGAGCUCACCGGCGGCCGGGGCAUUGCUGGAGGAGGAGCGGGGCCGCAGGAGCGGGAGGGAGUUUGCCCACCAAAACUUGAACCCCAGCGGGCAAGGUGCUGGCGGCAGGGACCGAACCCAAAUGCCUCCCACCGCCAUCGUCAUCCGGGGGGGGCUGAGGGGCUCCCGCCUGUCCCCAGGCUCUGUCCCACGCCGCAGGGGCGGGGGGCCCUCUCCUGCCUCCGAGGCCAUCCUGAACCCGCUCCCAUCUCCGACAGCUGCAGAGAUCUCAGUGAGCCCCGCGGCCGAGGUGCGGGAGGGGACGGCCACCACCUUGUCCUGCGACGUCCCUGGCAGGGAGGGCCAGGACCUCAACUACACCUGGUACAAGAACAGCGCCUGGCUCAAGGAAGGCACGGCGCACACCCUGCUCUUCCACCACGUAGCCGCCAGCGAUGCCGGCUAUUACUCCUGCAAGGUGACAAAUGACCGCGGCAGUGACACGUCCCAGGCCAUCAGCCUGAGUGUGACAUCCACCAUGCCCCUUAACCGCGACGGCAUCUUGCUGGCGGCCAGCGGGUUGCAGGCGGCCCCGCGCCAGCGGUUCGGCGUCACCGCUUCCCGCAACGCCCUGCGGCUGGAGAUCCGCGGCGUGGGGCCCCAGGACAGCGGGGAGUACUGCUGCACGGCCACCAACGCCUACGGCAAUGCCAGCGCCGCCAAGCCCUUCCUCGCCCGUGCUACAGAGGUCCUGAUCCAGCCCUCGGCAGAGGUGCGGGAAGGGGCAGCCGUCACCCUGACCUGCUUGGGGGCUCGGGGUGCGGCGGAGGAGACCCUCUACACCUGGUACAGGAACAGCAAGUGGCUGCGGGAGAGCUCGACCCCAACGCUGCGCUUCCCCUCCGUCCGCGGCGAGGACGCAGGCGCUUUCCAGUGCACGGUCCGGAGCAGCAACGGCAGCGACACGUCGGCGGCCGUCCCGCUCCGUGUGCUCUUCCCACCGAGGCAACCGGUGAUGAGCUCGUUCCUGGAGACCCAGGGCAGGCGCCUGGGCACCAUCCAGUGCACCGUUGAGAGCGACCCAGAGGCCAACCUGGUCCUACGGAGGGGAGAAGAAGCGAUAGCCUGCACACGGGGCUGCCCCGCAGCCCCCAGCCCCAGGGUCCACGCCACCUUCUCCUACAACAGCCUGAAGGUGGAGAUCCGGGAGGUGGUGCUGGAGGACGAGGGGACCUACGUGUGCUGGGCCGGGAACCCGCAGGGCAAUGCCAGCGCGGCCAUGGACUUCAGGGCUGAGACUGCCAGCAUCGCAGUGGCUCCGUCCUCCCAUGUGCUGGAAGGCCAAGCCGUCAACCUGACCUGCCGGCUGAGCAGCGACUCCUCGGCUCUGCCCAACUUCACCUGGUACCGAAACGGGCAGUGGCUCGCCGAGGGCUCGGCUGCCUCCCUGGUGUUUCAGCAAGUGGCCAGCACGGACGCAGGUCUCUACCACUGCAGAGCCACCACCGCCGGCGGCAGCCGGAGCUCCCCCGCCGUCUCCCUGGACGUGCUGUGCCACAGGCAGCUGCUGCUUUCCAGAAGCUCCCGUGCUGGGUGCUCAGUGGCGAGCAACCCUCCCGCCCGGCUGGCCCUGCACCGGGGCGAGGAGCUGGUGGCCGCCAGCGAUGCAGGGAGCAGCCCCAGCCCGCGGGUCAGUGUCUCGGCUGCCCCCAACACCCUCAGGGUGGAGAUCCAGGAGGUGACACCGGCGGACGAAGGCAGCUACCGCUGCACCGCCACCAACGUGCAUGGCACCGCGGCCCGCCGCCUGUACUUCCACGUGCAGACUGCCCGAGUCCUCGUCUCGCCAUCCACGGAGGUGCGGGAAGGAGACGACGUCUCCCUGACGUGCCAGGUGGUGGGAGAACCGCAGGACGACACCGUCUACUCCUGGUACAAGAACAGCGAACGGCUCCAGGGGAGCCCCGACAACCUCCUUGCCCUGCCCAGCAUCACCAGCGCCGCCGCCGGCUCCUACCACUGCCGAGCCCGCAGCCCCUCGGGGACCAGCGUCUCCCCGGCCGUCGCCCUGCGCGUCUCCUAUCCGCCGCGGGUGCCGGUGCUGACCUCCCUCCUGGAGACACCCGAGGGGCAGCGGGGCGUCCUGCAGUGCACGGUGGACAGCAGCCCGCCGGCAGAGUUGGCUCUCUUCAAGGACCGGGCGCUGGUGGCCUCCACGGCGCUGCCCCAGCCCACCGCCCCGCCGCGGCUCAGCGUCGCCUCGGCCCUCAACGCGCUGCGGGUCAGCAUCCGCCCCGUGCUGCUGGAGGACGAGGGGGAGUAUGUGUGCGCCGCCAGCAACGUCUACGGCAACGCCAGCGCCGCGGUGAACUUCACGGCAGGCACUGCCAGGCUCUGGAUCUCCCCCUCCCCGGACGUCUGGGAAGGCGAAGCCGUCAACCUGACCUGUGCGGUCCAGAGCGGUGGCGAGGAAGCCCUGAGCUACACCUGCGUCACUGCCGCCGACGCCGCCUCCUACCACUGCAUGGUGCGGACCCUGGCACGGACCCGCAGCUCUGCCCCCGCCACCCUCAACGUCCUCCGUGAGUUCCUGUGGGCAGGGGGCUUCACCCGCGGCAGGGACCCCGCCGCGCUGCAGGGAGACCCCCCCCGGAACCUGCAGAUGAAGGCCUUCGUGGAGAGCGGCGAGGGGAUGGCAGUCAUCCUCCUCUGCGCUGUUGAGAGCAACCCCCUGUCCGAGAUCACCCUGCUCAAGGGGGGGCAGUCGGUGGCCUCCAACCCCCCCGUGGGAGGUGGCCACCCCGGACAGAGCGGCCACAUCUCCCUCGCUCCCAACGUGCUGCGGCUGGAGCUUCGGGAGGCCACCGAGGAAGACGAGGGCCGGGCACGCAACCCUCUAGGCAGCGCCCGCGCAUCCCUGCCCCUCCAUGUGCAGGCCGUCAGGGUGGUGGUGCGACCCUCCGCCGAGGUGCCCGAGGGGACCGAUGUGACGCUGACCUGCCAGGACGCGGGUGCUCGCCCGGGCACCCUCUACACCUGGUACAAGAACGGGCGGUGGCUGGCGGAGGGGCUCGACGCCUCCCUCGAGCCAUCCUUCAUCUCCCUGGUGGAGCCCCACGGGGGGCUGCGGGCCAUCCUGCUCUGCACCGUCGACAGCUUCCCACCCUCCGACAUCGCCCUGCACCGGGGUCCCGCCAGCGCGCCCCUGGCCUCCACGCGGGGCCCGGCCGACCCACGCUUCACUGUCCAGGCGUCCCCCAACUCCCUGCGGGUGGGGAUGGGGGGCCUGGAGCCGCGGGACGCGGGGCUCUACGUCUGCUCGGCCAACAACAGCUAUGGCACCGCGGCCUCGUCCCUGCGCCUGGACGUGGGAGGGGUCACAGUCGCAGUUGAGCCCUCGCCAGAAGUCCCCGAAGGCACCACAGCCAUCAUGACCUGCUCAGCCAUCCCUUGGGUGGGCGAAGAGGCCAACUACACCUGGUACAAGAACAGCCGGUGGCUGCGGGACGGACCGGCCGGCUCCCUCAUCCUCACCCGCGUCUCCAGCGCCGACACCGGCUCCUACCGCUGCCGGGCGAGCGGGACACGGGGCAGCGCCGCCUCGGCCCCGCUCAGCCUCAGCGUGCUCUACCCCCCCCGGGACGUGUCCGUCAGCACCUUCCUGGAGAACCGCAGCGGGAGGGUGGGCAUCGUGCUGUGCACGGCCGACAGCCAUCCGGCUUCCACCAUCGCCCUGUACCGCCGCGGCCGGCUCCUGGCCUCCAGCCUGGCCCUCGCCACCGCGCCGGGGGUCCGCGCCUCCCCCUCCCACAACGCCCUCCGCGUGGAGCUCGGGGCCGUGGGGCCGGAGGACGCGGGCGAGUACACCUGCGUGGCUGGCAACCCCCUGGGCAACGCCACGGCCGGUGCCUACUUUGACGUGCGCACUCUCACCCAUCUCCUGGCGUUCACCAUCCUGGCCGGGCUGCUCAUGGCCGUGAUCUGCGUGGCCGCCCUCGCCCUCCUGGCUGUGAAGCUGUGGCCCAGGAUGAGGAAGUUUUGGGGCUGGUCCGCUGCCGAGGACACCUUCGAGCUGCGGAGCAAACAGGAGCAGGCGCAGGAGCAACUGUAG